UCCCUCCGACAAGCGGGCCCAGAGCAGAUUCUUCGCUGACCUCAUCAUUCGCCUCGCCGCCGCCCGCCUGUUUUCUCGGUCGCGUGCUAGUCGCCCUGAGAAGAAGACCCGCUACAGUAGGGCUCCAAAAUCCAAUCCUCCGAUGAUGGCUCAUCUGGCGCCGCUCUUCCUCCUCCUCCUCCUCCUCCUCCUCCCGCUCCACGCCGCCGCCACGCCGUCCGCCCACCCGGCCUACCCCAACGAGCCGCCGUCCUGCGCGGCGGCGGUGCCGGUGCCGGAGCGGCGGGAGGCGCAUGGCGGGGGGCGCAUCCUGGACAUAACCCACUACUACCGGGAGGACAUGCCGUCGUGGGAGUCGGACGGCGGGGUCGGCCAAUUCCUGUGGCUCCCCGCCUCCAUGCGCAACGGUUCCCGCGCCAACAACUCCGAGAUGCGCCUGCCCACCCACACCGGCACCCACGUAGACGCCCCGGGCCACGUCUUCCAGCACUACUUCGACGCCGGCUUCGACGUCGACUCCCUCGACCUCGAAGUGCUCAAUGGUCUGGCAUUGUUAGUUGAUGUUCCAAGAGAUGAUAAUAUUACAGCUAAAAUGAUGGAAUCAUUACAUAUUCCUAAAGGAAUUCAACGAGUGCUAUUUAGAACACUAAAUACUGACAGGCAACUAAUGUGGAAGAAAGAAUUUGACACUAGUUAUGUGGGUUUUAUGGAGGAUGGCGCACAAUGGUUGGUAGACAACACAGAUAUUAAACUUGUCGGAAUAGACUAUUUGUCUGUUGCAGCUUUUGAUGACUUGAUCCCGUCACAUUUAGUUCUUCUCAAAAACAGGGAUAUCAUUCUUGUCGAGGGCCUCAAACUGGAAAAUAUCAUGCCUGGGAUAUACUCCUUGCACUGCCUGCCACUUCGGCUGCGGGGUGCUGAAGGUUCACCAAUCAGAUGCAUCCUUAUAAAGUGAAGGGGACUAGGAUCAGUGCGUUUGCUAGUAUCAAUGCAACUUCAGUUGCACUGGAUCACUGCAUGGUCUGCCAAAUAAAAUUGUGUCAUGUCGGUGCUAAGCUCUUGGACUUGGAAGCUGUACAGCAUAGUCGUAAAACACACAACUAUCGAUGAACUGCACAAUGGGCACAUUCUGCGACUUCUCUUUUGAACAAACUCAAUUGAAGUUUAGGGCCCCUUUGAUUUGUAUGAAAAAUGUAGGAAUUUUGGAGGAUUUCAAUUCUAUGAAGGCCUUUGAAAUAAAGAAUUGAAUCAUAUCCAAUUCUUUAAAAUUCCUAUGGAAUAGGUAAUUCUAUGUACAUUUUGAAGGAAAGUUAGUAAGAGGUCUAACCUCCAAGUCUAUCUCUCUCAUCUGAUUCCCGUGUUUAUUCUGUGGUCCAAUCAAACGGUUAUUCCUGUGUUUUGCAAUCCUCUAUUUUACAAUUGUAUUCCUGCAAGAAUAUUGUGUUUUUCCUAUUCCUUUGUUUUUUUAUUCAUACAAUUCAAAGUGGCCCUUAGUCAUAUCAUUGUGGAAUU